UUCUGGCUCCUGGUGAUCGUGGUGACCACCGUGGUGGCCGGCCAGAUGAAGGCCAUGAUGAUGGUCCGGGAGGAGGCUGACCGAAUCGACAGCAUGCGCCACCUGGCGUCUAGGCCAGCUAUGAAGCCUUACACCGUCGCCGGCAGCGCGGGCGUGUCCUCCGUGCGUGAUUCGAAGGACCCCGACUACCAGACGGUGUGGCGCAUGAUGCAGACGCACAAGACGGACCUGCCCACUUCGGUGGUACUCUCGGACCAAACUUUGCUCGAAGUGGUGGCAGGCAAGGCGGUGCUCAUCCUGAGUCGCGCCAGCGUCGCCGCCAGGGCCACGGCUGCGUGCGCCAGCUUCGAGCGUGGGGAGUUCUACCUUGCCCGGGAGCCCAUGUUCAAGUUCAACUCGGUCUUCUACCUCAACAAAAGGCUGUCCCCCGCGCGGAGGCAAGCCAUAAAUAACAGGAUACUGUGGCUUCGCGAAUCCGGCCUGGUGGCCAAGUGGUGGCAGGAGUCUUCGGGCAACUGGGAAGGCUGUGGCCAGGUCAUCAGCGACGGCCGCCUGACGUUCUCGGACUUCCAGGACCUGCUGCUCUUCUGGCUCGCCAUGCUGGGCAUCGCCACGGCCGUGUUCCUUUGCGAGUCUCCCUGUGCCACUCCUUGCUCUCGUACUGCUGCCGUCGAUCACUCUUUGCGAAGAAUUGUUGGGCCACUCCGAAGAUCGGAAACAGUCGGCGCUUACAGCAGGCGCACGUAGGGCUAAAUGCAUAAGAGGAAAAUUGAGCGCAAGGCCACUGUAGUGUUUAUUUAUUUAUUUAUUCAUUUAUUCAUUUAUUCAUUUAUUCAUUUAUUUAUUUAUUUAUUGUGACUUGGAAAUGUCUGCGACAGAUAUUACACAGUGAAACUUUUUGAACCCUCUGAUCAUGGUAACUUAGCGCGAUGUGGCGAACAGACAAAAAAAAAAAAAAUGACGGGCGCUGAUAUCAACUGUUUAUUAACAGGGCACCCACCGGAAUAUGUGCUAUUUUGUGCGCAUGCGCACCAUCGCUUCAUCUCGUCACUGCGGGAAUAUCAUCGACAUAAAAUUGGUGCGUGUCAAAAAGCGGUAUUCAUAAACCACUAAUAAGAAGAGUGCGGGUACGUGGACGCUUCUUUGAUGCAUAUAAAGGCAUUCUUUGCACGUUACCCUUAACGCUGUAAACAAAUUGUGUACUGUACACGACAGCGAGCUCAGAGUACGUCUGCGACGAGAUAAGCCGUAGUUGAAAACUGUGUGUCAAUUCUGACUAUACAGGUGCGCGAUGAAAUAUGGGGUACUUUAGCGUGACAGUGAUAGCUAUUGAAGUUUAUUCCUUGCAGUUAUCGUGUCGUCUAUGCCGCAGCUAUCAUCAUGGUUUUCUGCCUCAAAAAAGUUGCCCUAAAGUGAGGCUUCACAUGUCCUCACUAACGUUUCGAUCUUGCCCUUCAGUGGAAAGUUUCUGGCCCAGGAAAAUACCAGCACCCUUUAGUGUGCAAACGUUUUUACUGUGCACAGUAUGCCACC